AUGACUUCCGAACAAAAAUAUCCCGGAUAUGAAGAACUCUCGUCUUAUUUGACGCAAAGCAAAAACAAAUCUUUCUGGGGUUUUCUACUCCGUUGUCGAGAUGCGAUUAUUGCAACCACUCUGGCCGAUUCCCGUUGGAAGGAUCUCGAUGAUAAAUGGGCCACUAAUUUUAUAACGGAGGCAAGAACACUUGUAACAUAUAAAAGGAUGACUAUUACCAAUGAACAAAUUAAUUCGGAACGGCAACGUUAUAAUUUUGAGGACUAUUGGAAUAAUGUAAUCUCGGAACGUAGGAUUAAAGAAGAUAUCUUGGUCCGUGAAGCAGAAGAAGCUCGCAUUCAGGGUGAACUAUCGCUUCUUCGGCGCCAACUAUUCGAAAUUCAA